AUGGAUGAAACCUCGAUGUCACCAUCAAAAAUCUACCUGGAAUUGAUUCUGGCGUACUUUGAGUACAUGGGACUGAAAGGAUUCAAGAAUAGACAUCUCUGGACGAAUCCUCCUGACAAGGGAGUUGAUUACAUCUUCAAUAUCCAUACGGACUCCCAGAAGUAUCUGAACAAAGAUGGACUGAUUGCUUGGUAUCAUAAGAUACUCCAACAAGGAAAAGACACCAGACUGCUCGCUGGAUAUCGAAACUUUGAAGAGGAAUUCAAAAAGAAAGGAUUCAAUCACCCGAUCGAUCUUCCAGUAUUUGUCAACUCUUUGUGGUGCAAGAUCUUGAAAUCGGUCAACAACGAAUAG